UACAAGCAGGUUGAGCAUCCCCACAGGAAAUCAGAAAGUUGGGUCUGGAGCCAAGAGAGAGACUAGGUUAGAGGAAAGGGUAUGAGGUCAACUGCCUGGAGGUUAUGGUUGAGAGAGUUAUGGGGAGUCCUCACCCCUGAUCUUUAAGUGGGCAUGUUUUACGACCCCAAAGUAGGCAGCCAGAGAGCAGGAGCAGCUGGUUAUGUCAAGCAAGCAAACCCAGACAGGAAGAAGAAUGGGAGGCAGGUUCAAAGGCUCACCUCUGUUGGAGGUUUCAUAUAUUGGGAUUGGCUUUCAUGGAGGCUUGGGGGCUUCAAAUUAGGAAGUGUCUAGGAGAAGAAAAAGGAAGUAAAUGAGAGAGAAACACAAAGGAAACUUGAACAAGUAGAAGGUGGAUGCCCUAGGCUCUGUCACAAACACCUGGAUUCCAGCUGGGACUUGGAUUUGCUGGGGACACUAGCCAGAGAGACGGGACCAUGUGGCUGUCCCCAGCUCUGCUCCUUCUCUGCCUCUCAGGCUCUUUGUCCCUGACGGGCCCCAGCUCUGUGACAGGCACCUUGGGUGGCUCUCUGAGUGUGCAGUGUCAGUAUGAGGAAGAGUACCAGAGUUAUAAAAAAUACUGGUGCCGAGGGCAGAAUGAGGGCACAUGUGACAAUAUUGUGGAGACCCAGGGAGAAGCGAAAGAAAAGAAUGGUCGCGUGUCUAUCAGAGACCAUGCUGAUCGCCUCACCUUCAUCGUGACCAUGGAGAACCUCACUGCAGACGAUGCUGGAUCCUACUGGUGUAGAGUUCGGAAAACAUGGUACCUGGGCUUCUGGUCAUCUGGCACUUCAGUCCAGGUUAAGGUGUCUGUUUCCCCAGCACCAAGUAAAACCGCAGAGGAGACCACAUGUCAAGCUGCAUCUGACAUCUUUCCAGGGCUGAGUACCAAGCAGAACUUCAGUGCUGAGGAAGUGUUGACCCACUGCUCGGGGCCCUCAUCCAGCAGUGUCCACUUGCUGCUCCUGGUCUUCCUGAAGCUGCCCCUGUUCUUGACAUUGGUGGGUGCUGUCCUCUGGGUGAACAGGCCUCUGAAGGGCCCUGGAGGAAGUCAGCCUGACAAAGAGAAGCCAUCACGUAGUGCACCGUCCCCAGGAAAGCCCUGUCCAGGAAUACAGUCCUUCAGACCAGAUAGAAGAGACCUUCAGACUCUGGACUCCAGGGCAGGGGGGCAGCAGUCCCUGGAUUCUGGAGGCACCUAAGUCUUCUGGAGAUAUUGUUCCUGUGUCUCAAGGGAGAAUCCUGGAUCUUGGAUGACACUUGCUGCAAGUGCUCAGAUGCAGGAAGGAUGAGUCUCCUGGGCCAGUGUUUGGGGUCCUCCUCUCUCUAUCCCAGAUCCCUUGGCCACUUGCUCUUAUGCCUACCUCUCAAGGGCAAGAAUUCUCUAGAGGUUACUGGCAAGUCCAGCCCUUUACUCUUUUCAUUGCCACAAAAGCUCCUCAGCUCAGUUUCUCCCAGGGUAAUAACCACCUCCUCCCUGUAGCCAGGAGGCUCCCUGAGGACUUACCCCGCAUAGUCUCAGUCUUCGGGCUCAACAGGGCUUCAACCUCACUUGUGUCCCUGUGAUCAGGGAAUGUACGCUGUGCUCAAACAUCUCUGCCUGGGCCGGCCAUAACUGAAGAGCUUUCGGUUAAAGCCCUGGAGCUGGUUGGAGCUGCAGUGGGUGCCCCCAAUAUCACUCCCAGAAUUCUCCACCCUGGUGGGCCUCCUGCACACAGGGCUGGUGGACAGUCCACUGUAGCAGAAGUGUGGUUGAAGCCACCUGUCAACAGUUGGUGCUUUCCAUAGGAGAAGCAGACAGUUUUCUAAAGACAAGGACACAGAGGUGAGGAGUACCUCCCCACAUCAGCUUGACAUGAUGCCACAGCCACCACGGGGCACACCAGCCCUGGAAAGGGCUCUGUUGGAUUUGAAUGCUUGUCAACGGCUCCCUCCCUGAAGUUUGCAGCGAGGCGCACAGUCUGUUAUAAGCACGCGUCACCAUCUUCACUCAAUUCCUUGUGUGUGGAGCAGCCCUCUCGUCUCCACCAAGCCCAAGCCUUCCCUGGGCUAGUGAUGCUAGUUUCCAGAAAACACUCCAAACUCCGGAGCACUGAGUUUGCAGGCAGGGCCACCACACUCAGAACCUGAACCCUGGCGUGGCUCCCACAAAGGCAGGGCCAUUGGAGGAGAGCUGGGACUGGCCCAGGACUCCGCUGAAGGAGAAAUUCAGCCAGGGAGGCACAUCCAGACCUUAUUAAUAAAACACAAGGCGGGGUAGGAAGCACAAUGAUGGGCAAGAAAGAACCUUAUGAUGUACUUUAUUCUGUUCCAAAAUUAUUUCAAGCAUUCUCGUUUCUUCACUUUCCAGAUAAAUUUUCAAGUAAACUUGUGUAUGAUCGGAAUCGUAUUAAACUUAUAGAUCAAUACUGGGAA